GGAUUGUUUUCAACGAGGACAAGUCGUGUGCGCGAGUGUUGGGUGCAGCAGAAAAAAAAGCAAAAAGAACAAAUUAAAGCGAAAAACAGUGCCACCGACCAAAGGAAAAGGAACAGGCCACAACACAAACACCAGAACGCGGCUCAUUUUUUCCCCGUUGUGGUUGGUGUUGUUGAUGUUGUCUCUGCACCAACAGAGGGCGAUUAUCCACAGCACGCUUUGACCAAAUGUGGUAAAAAUAGCAGCGAAAAAGCAGCAGCCGUCGUCGCCGACGUCGCCGUUGUUGUUGUUGGCCGACGCCGACUCAAUAAGACAAAAAAGAAGAAUAAAAAAAAGAAACCCACACAGAAGCAGUAAAAUUUGCCAAAAUUGGAGCAAAUCAUUUCACGAGCGAAAAGAGGGCAAAAGCCAAAAACAGAGAAAAACAACAAGAAAAAGAAGAAGACAAGUGCAAGUGCAUUCCGCCAAACACGCACACACACACGCACACCCACAUACACACACUCGCACGCACACACACACACACACACACAGACAGAUUUUGAACGACGGCAAUGUCACGACCACGUCCGCGCCUCCCACCCAUUGGCAUUCCGCGUGAACCGGAACCGGCAUUUGUACCGCCGCGUAAUCUGGACUCGCGGGCCACCAUACAAAUCGGCGAUCAGACGUUUGACAUCGAUGCCGAUAGUCUGGAAAAGAUUUGCGAUUUGGGUCGCGGUGCGUAUGGCAUCGUGGAGAAGAUGCGCCAUCGCAAGACGGGCACAGUGCUGGCCGUGAAACGCAUACCGAUGACUGUCAAUUUUCGGGAACAGCAACGUCUAAUCAUGGACCUGGACAUAUCGAUGCGGUCCAGUGACUGCCCCUACACGGUCCACUUCUACGGGGCGAUGUAUCGCGAGGGCGAUGUUUGGAUAUGCAUGGAGGUGAUGAACACCAGUCUGGACAAAUUCUAUCCAAAGGUCUUCAAGAAUGAGCUAACCAUGGAGGAGACAGUGCUCGGCAAGAUUGCGAUGAGUGUGGUAAGCGCCUUGCACUAUCUGCAUGCCCAGCUGAAGGUCAUCCAUCGGGAUGUGAAGCCAUCAAACAUAUUGAUCAAUCGCAGCGGUCAGGUCAAGAUAUGCGACUUUGGCAUCUCAGGCUAUCUGGUUGACUCUGUGGCAAAGACUAUUGAUGCCGGCUGCAAGCCGUAUAUGGCGCCGGAACGGAUCGAUCCACAAGGUAAUCCAGCCCAAUACGAUAUACGUUCCGAUGUAUGGUCGCUGGGCAUAAGUAUGAUUGAGAUGGCGACCGGACAAUAUCCCUACAACAAAUGGCGAACGCCCUUCGAGCAGUUGCGUCAGGUUGUCGAGGAUGAUCCGCCUCGAUUGCCAGCUGGUUCGUUCUCUGCUGAGUUCGAGGACUUUAUAGCGACAUGCCUGAAUAAGGAGUAUACGGCGCGGCCCAAUUACGAGCAGCUUCUGCGGCAUAGCUUCAUUGUCGAGCAUUUACAGCGGAACACGGACAUCUCCGAGUUCGUUGCCCGGAUACUGGAUCUGCCGGAGAGGGAGCAGGCGCAGCCACAGUCGCAGUCGCCGCAAUAGGAUGGAUUGCAUAUUUUGUAUGAUCCAAAUAUAAAUUUGCCGCCGUCUUCUACAUGCAUUUGCUAUGUGUGUCUGUCUGUCUGUCUCUGUCUCUGUCUGUUUGUUUAUUUGUUUGUUUGUUUGUUCAACUGUGUAUCUCUCAGUGUAUUGUAAGAGAAACAACAAACCAAACAAAAUCAAAAAAAAAAGAACAGCGACAAAGAUUACAAAUUGUUAGCUUAAGUAUAUCUGAAAUGAAUUGAAAUCAAAUCAAAUCAACAACAUAACAUUUAUGUAUAAAUAUAUAUUUGUAUAUAUAUGUAUAUAUAUAUAUAUAUAUAUAUAUAUAUAUGUAUUUAUAUAU